AUGCCUCAACUUAAGCUCCUUAUCACUCUUCUUCAAUCUGUAACCAUGAUUCUAUGUUGUGUUUCCACUACUGAGUUUGUCUAUAAUACAAACUUCAGCUCCACAAACAUCAACUUAUAUGGAAAUGCAACCAUCAACAAAUCCAUUCUCACUCUCACUAAUGGAAGUUUCUUCUCAAUAGGUCGCGCUUUUUACCCGAAAAAAUUACCUACCAGACUUCCUAACUCUUCCAAUCUUCUCCCCUUUGCUACCUCCUUCAUUUUCUCGGUUGCCCCCGUCAAAAACUUUAUUGCAGGACAUGCCCUUGCCUUCAUAUUCACACCCUCAAGAGGUCUAAAUGGCACAACAUCGGCCGAGUAUAACGGUCUUUUCAAUCUCACCAAUGAAGGUAAUCCUAAUAACCAUGUCCUUGGAAUUGAAUUUGAUAUAGUUAGAAACGAAGAAGAAUUCAACGAUAUAAAUGACAAUCAUGUUGGUGUUGACAUAAACUCGCUUAAAUCCUUAACUUCACAUGAGGCUGGCUACUGGAGUGGAAAAGAUGACAAUGAAUUUAAGGUGUUGAAGAUAAAAAGUGGAGAAAAUUAUCAAGUUUGGAUUGAAUUUAUGCACUCUCGGAUAAACGUUACAAUGGCUCGUGCAGGACAAAAGAGGCCUCGUGUUCCUCUCAUCAGUGUGAAUGUUAACCUUUCUGGGGUUCUUAUGGACGAAACCUAUGUUGGAUUCUGCGCUGCCACUGGGCGAUUAAUCGACAGUAGUAGGAUUCUUGCUUGGAGCUUUAGUAAUACAAAUUUUUCAAUUGGUGAUGCUUUAGUGACAGACAACUUGCCUUCAUUUGACCCUUAUAAGGGAUGGUCUUCUCGAGCAAAAGUUAUAGCUGUAGGAGUCACAGGUGUUGUGUGUUUGUUAAUCGUGGGUUGUGGUUAUGUAGUGUUUUACUUCAUCCUAUAUAGGGGAGGGAAGGGAGAGGAAGAAAUUGAAGAGUGGGAGCUAGAAUAUUGGCCACAUAGAAUCAGUUUCCAAGAGAUUCAUGCAGCAACAAGAGGGUUCUCUGAAGAGAAUGUGAUUGCUGUAGGAGGGAAUGGAAAGGUAUAUAAAGGAAUUUUGCAAGGAGUCGAAGCUGCGGUCAAGAGAAUCCCUCAAGAAAGAGAAGGUGGAAUGAGAGAGUUUUUGGCAGAGGUUUCAAGCAUAGGAAGAAUGAAACACAGAAAUUUAGUAGCAUUGAGAGGUUGGUGCAAAGAAAAAAAAGGAAGCUUGAUUUUAGUUUAUGACUUCAUGCACAAUGGAAGUUUAGACAAAUGGAUCUUUGAGUGUGAAGAAGAAAAGAUGCUGACAUGGGAAGAAAGGAUUCAAGUUUUGAAAAAUGUAGCUGCUGGGGUUCUAUACCUGCAUGAAGGUUGGGAAGUUAAGGUCUUGCAUAGAGAUAUCAAAGCAAGCAAUGUUCUACUUGACAAGGACAUGAAUGCUAGAUUAGGAGAUUUUGGUUUGGCUCUUAUGCAUGAGCAUCAUGGACAAGUGGCCAGCACAACAAAAGUACUAGGGACAUUAGGAUAUAUUGCUCCGGAAUUGAUUCGAACAGGAAGAGCGUCGACUAUGUCUGAUGUGUUCGGCUUUGGUAUAUUGUUGUUAGAAGUAAUUUGCGGGCGAAGACCUAUUGAAGUGCAUAAGCCAGGACUAAUUGAAUGGGUGAGGUCUCUAAUGAUGCUUAACCAAUUGCAGAAUGCUGUUGAUGAAAGGUUGAAGGCCAAAGGAGGAUACCCUAUUGAGGAAGCUGAAAGAUUGCUUCAUUUGGGUUUGCUGUGUUCAAAUUCAGACCCUAGUGUUAGACCAACAAUGAGGCAGGUUGUGAAAACUCUGGAGGGAGAAAUGGACAACAUUGAUUGUGAUGAAGAAAAUAUGCGAAUGAGUUUGCUUGGAAAACUAAAAUCAGAUGUAAUGUGGUCAAAAGCAAUAAGUGCAGUUCCAUAUAGAGAUCACCCUACUUUUGGAGAAGUUAAAAGUUAUAAUUCAAAGGCAUCUACAAGUGGCUCAAGUGUUAUUCAAGCAUCAGAUUCAGAUAUCAUUUGGGAAGGAAGAUAA